AAAGCGGCUGCUGGAUUGGGGGGAAGAAGGAAGGCUGCGAUCUAACCAAGUGACCUAAGACCAGAAGCUUUGUGCGCAACCGGAAUUGCCCCUGGAGUGCAAUUUUUCCCAGAAGUGUCUCUGUGUGAAAGAGCUCGCAUGGCAGCCCAAGACGAUCAUGACCAGGUGGAGUCUCCCUUAUUCUCCAAUGGACCCACCACAGAAAGGCAAAAGACAGUGAUGAUUCCCGGGGAAGACCGCACACCCCACACACCCCUUCCUCUGCCAGUGCGCCGGCAGACCAUCUUCAUUAUUGUUAUCAUCAUCCUCGUUGUUAUUAUUGUCAUCCUCACCAUUGUCCUUGGCACUGGAGCUGUUCUUCCUAACAGAACAAAGCAACCAAAUUCCAACCCUCUUACUGCUGAAUAUUGCCCAUAUAACUGGACUAGCUUUAGAAACAAAUGCUACUAUUUUUCGGAAGAAGAAGGGGAUUGGAACUCCAGCUACGUGUUUUGCUCCUCAAACAAUGCGUCUCUUGCUAGGAUUGAAGAGGAUGAAGAGUCUUAUUGUAAACGUCAUGACAUGAAGAGGAGCUACUGGAUUGGUGUCCAACCAGGGAUGGGAGAGACCCGGAAAUGGCUAAAUGGAGACACUGCAAAGUGAGUCCUUCCC